AUGAAAUUCGUGAUUGUGCUCGCAUGCCUUUUGGCCCUGGCCUAUGCCAACGAAGAAGCCGCUGUCAUCCGCAGCGAUUCUGUUGUGAAUCCGGAUAGUUUCAAAUACGAUUUGGAGCUGGACAACCAUAUCAAGGCUAGCCAGGAAGGCGCUCUCAAGGAUAAGGAUGAAUGGGUUGUCCACGGCUCUUACGAAUAUAUUUCAAAGGAAGGCAAGCCCAUUAAGGUUACCUAUGUUGCUGACGAGAAAGGCUACCAACCCGUCGUUAUCCAGUAA